UCUCCCCAGGAUCUCUUCCUGCAACCCAGGGUCAGAAGAUGGCUCUGAAGAAACACCUGGAGGCUCUUAGCGUCUUCCAGUGGGUCCUCACCUUCCUCUUCUUUGGUGCCUUCUUCUCCGUUCUCCUGGUCUACCUGCUCUUCACCUCCUUCUGGCCUAUCAGCGUCUUGUAUUUCGCCUGGUGGAUCUUCGACUGGGAUACGCCAGAGAGAGGUGGGCGCCGCAGCGACUGGGUGAGGCGCUGGAGAGUCUGGGAGCUCCACCGGGAUUAUUUCCCCAUCAAGCUGGUGAAGACGGCCGAGCUGCCCCCGACGCGGAACUACGUCCUGGGCUCCCACCCCCACGGGAUCAUCUGCGCGGGGGCCUUUUCCGCCUUCUGCACCGAGGCCACGGGCUUCUCCCGCACCUUCCCUGGCCUCCGCCCCAGCCUGACCGCCCUCGCAGGGGUCUUCCGCGUGCCCGUCUACCGGGACUACAUGAUGAGCUUCGGGUUGGUCCCGGUCAACAAAAGGUCCCUUGGCUUCCUCCUGAGUGGCCCCCCCGGGCACGCGGUGGCCAUCGUGGUGGGGGGCGCGUCCGAGAUGCUGGACAGUGUCCUAGGAGAGCAUCGCGUCCGCCUUCAAGGGAGGAAGGGCUUCGUGCGCCUGGCGCUGCAACACGGGGCUGACCUGGUGCCCGUUUACACCUUUGGGGAGACUGACAUUUACCGACAGAUCCGCUUCCCCGAGGGCAGCUUCGCUCGCCGCUUCCAGCUCGGUUUCAAGCAGCUGACCGGCUUGGCCCCUUGCCUCUUCAGCGGGAGGGGCCUCUUCUCCAGCACCUCUUGGGGGAUCCAGCCCAUGGCUGCCCCCCUCACGGUGGUGGUGGGGAAGCCUAUCCCGGUCCCGCUCCGCCCACGCCCCACCGAGGACGAGGUGAACAGCUUCCACGCUCUCUAUGUCGAGGCCCUGAAGGAGCUCUUUGACGCCCAUAAAGAAUCCUGCGGCCUCCCGGCCUCCCAGCAGCUCCUCAUCACCUAGACGGACCCGAACUUGACCCGAAGCAGCAUCAGGGGACACAAGGUUGUGAUUGGGGGGAGACACGCGGGAGACUUUGGCCCCCCAUCCCCAUCUGUACACACUGAUACGGAAGGGGGGGCAUGUCUUCUUCACCCUUCCGCUGGUCACCAGAGGGUCCGAGGCGAUGACCUCAAGGGCACCCAGCCCCACAUGGACCCCUCAGCCCCCACACCAUUGCACAAGCACCACACUUUACCCCAAGCCCCAUAAAUAAAGUGCCUUUCCCCCCUUUCCUACACUGAUCUGCUAUUACGGGCGAAAUAAGCCCAAAAAUCUUAUGCCUUCCCUCCCGCUCUAGUUUUACUAUGGGUAGACUGUAUAAAGUUGUAUUUCCUAUCUUUUGAAUGGGUGCGUUAUACCCAAUCAGAACCAUGCAUUCGUCUUGCAGAGCUAGCUCAGCGAGCUCCUGCACGCCUCAUUUAACCUCUUGACAAGCUGCUGACGGCUCUCUGCUGGGAGAACAAUGGAACCGAAACUUGUGAACUCAUAAAACUGUCAAAUUUCGCUACAAUGUAUCCAUUUUGUUUCUGACUUCAAUUGUCAAUAUAAAAUGGGCUAAAAUCUUUUAAAAUUAAUAUAAAAUCAACCACAACACCGAUUUUCUUGCUUUUGGUGCCAAUCGGCUCAAUUUCUCUAGGACUCCAUGACACCUCCCCUGUCCUCCAUAAUCCCUCAAGCCCUAAUCCUGUCAAAUCACUCUGCCAAGCCUUUCCUCCGGGCAAUGCCAGGUGGCAGACUAUGCAUACAUGGACCAUUGUCUUCUCAUCACCGGUACUCAGGAUGUGCUUAUCUACGCAUAUCUCCAGCUCUGCAUAUUCCCCCCUCCCUCCUCCAUAUGUUAAUCCUGUGUAACCCAACCUCUUCUUAAUGUAUUCAUGAUGUAAUCUAUGUAACCCAACCUCUUCUUAAUGUAUUCAUGAUGUAACUGUGAUGUAUUUUGCACUGUAUUCUGGGACAUGGAGGGAAGUUUUAAAAGUUCAUGUCACCCCUUCCUCGCUGUUCAAUCUCGCCUUGAACCUGUUGCGCAAUAAACUUGGAUCUUCUGCAGCUUGCUCCUGUCUCUGGCUGAGCUCAUUUUUCCUCCGCAGGGACCCGCGGACUUAGUCCGACGAGCUGGGUGGCAGAGCAGCCUCGCACCCAGAUUUUACCGUAACAACACCGUUUCCAAUAAAAGGCGCUGUGCCUGAUGUCUGAUUUUGGGUCCUUGGUGCCCGAACCCCCCCUUUUGUGCUCGCCUGUGGAGCCCAAGGCUGGUUGUCUCAUUCACACGUGCAUUAUGAAGGCAAGGUCUGCAGGGCCCGGCAGCCAGAGAAGCAGGCCGUGGCCCUGUUAGAAUACCUGCUCCAUCACUGCCGUCAUGGGAUUGUUGUCUUUUACAUGACGGUGUAUGUUUUGACUCCACAGAGUGGGAAGUGACGGAGACAGGAUGUUUGUGUUCUGUGAAGUGGGACUAUUGUCCUUUGUUCUUCCUCUUUGCCGUCUGAUGCUAGAAAGAGAGGGAGCCAUGUUGCAGUGCUCCGUGUGUGUUUAUAUGUAAAUAAAGUAGAUUAGCCAAAAUGCUGAGUUCUGUUACGCAUGAUGUGCAUACUCUGCAGAUCCCUAAGUGUGCUGGUGUCAGUUGGCAUCGGUCCAGGCUGAAGAAAGCUUUUGAAGCUCCCAAACGAUCGAUCAGGAGGGAGAGAACAUGCCAGUCAGGCAUGUGUCUCUGCCAGGGUCCUACUCGGGUGUAGCCUGAACUCCUGACAGGCCCUGGAUCCAUGGCGCUGGCUUGAGGGUGCUGCCCACAUGCCCUGCGGGUGAGCAGCUAGGAGCUUGCCUGUCUGCAAGAGAAAAGAUCAUUUGGACAUGCAGGCCUAGCUCUUACACGGAAAAUGGGGGCUGUUACAGAAAUUACGGGGGGGGGCACAUCUUUAAAGUUAAAUAUUACAAAUAUUAUGCCUGAGUGUAUCCUUUCAACUUGACAGCUCAGGGAAGUUACCUAGCUUUAAAAUAAUAUAAAAUCAUCUCCUUUCCCAGUUUCCUCCAUUCCAAAGCUAUUUUCCCCUUGAAAAAGGACUCCAGAAAGUUCUCAGAUUUGACAAUUGCUGGGCUCAUGGUUAGCCAAGGGAAGCCAAAUCUCAUCACCUGACUCGCCUCAGGCUCCAGACAUGCAAAGGAACUUCUACUGUACU